UGUACCUUGAGCUGCUGAGCAGGAGCAGACAGGGCAAGCCUGGAUACAGACAGCUGGUAGGAGCAGCCUAGUCUGGGGAUCCUUGAACACAGGAAGGAGCUCUCCUUGAAAGCUGGUGGGGAGCUCCACUUUUCAAUUCUUCUGAACGCUUUACAAGUCGUUUUGUUGCUGUAUGGGUGCUCCUUGUUCUGAGGCAGCUGUGGUGGAACACAAUUGACCUUGGACAUCCAGCGUGGAACCCCCAGAAGAUACAAUCUAACUGUCUGUGAUUAGUGGGUGGAGAGCCCCCAGUCCCUGCCACCAUGCCGGGGUACGAUUACAAGUUUCUGGAAAAGCUCAGGCGCAAAUUUAUUUGCCCCCUGUGUGGGAAGGCAAUGAGAGAACCUGUCCAGGUCUCCACCUGUGGACACCGCUUUUGUGACACCUGCCUACAGGAGUUCCUCAGUGAGGGUGUAUUUAAAUGUCCAGAAGAUCAACUUCCACUUGACUAUGCCAAGAUUUAUCCUGACCGAGACUUGGAGACUCAGGUGCUUGGUUUAUCAAUACGUUGUAUACACAGCGAGGAAGGAUGUCGCUGGAACGGACAACUAAAGCAACUUCAGAUUCAUCUCAAUAUUUGUGCCUUUAACGUAAUCCCGUGUCCGAACCGCUGUAGCACCAAACUGAUCCGUCGCGAUUUGCCGGAGCACAUGCAGCACGACUGUCCGAAGCGUAAAGUCCGCUGUGAAUUCUGUGGCAGUGACUUCACCGGGGAGGCUUAUGAGGAUCACCAGGGCAGCUGUCCCCAGGAAAGCGUGUACUGUGAGAAUAAGUGUGGAGCCAGAAUGAUGAGACGUGUGUUAUCCCAGCAUUCAUUGGCAGAGUGUCCCAAACGUACGCAACCCUGUCCGUACUGCAAUAAGGAGUUUGUCUUCGAUACCAUCCAGAGUCAUCAAUACCAGUGUCCACGAUACCCAAUCACAUGCCCCAACCAGUGUGGCAUGGCCAAUAUUGCCCGAGAAGACCUGAAUGGACACCUGAAGGACAGCUGCAGCUCUGCUUUGGUGCUUUGUCCAUUUAAGGACUCUGGCUGCAAGCAUCGAUGCCCUAAGAUCAGUAUGAGCCGACAUUUGGAGGAGAACAUGAGGUCCCACCUCAGCAUGAUGUCCUCCUUAGUCAGCCGACAAAGACAGGAGAUUCAAGAUUUGAAGAAGCAAGUGGAAGAGCUUUCUGUGAGCAGUGAAGGAGUACUCAUCUGGAAAAUAAGUGACUAUAGCCGCAAAGUGCAAGAGGCCAAAGUCCGGGGAAACUUUGAGUCCUUCAGUCCAGUUUUUUACACACACAGAUAUGGAUAUAAACUCCAAGUCUCAGCAUUUCUAAAUGGCAAUGGCAGCGGUGAAGGAAGCUAUCUUUCGGUGUAUAUUCGAGUGCUACCCGGAGAAUAUGAUAACCUUCUGGAAUGGCCCUUCUCAUAUCGAGUUACCUUUUCUUUACUUGACCAAAGUGACCCGUCGUUGUCUAAGCCCCAAAACAUCACAGAAACUUUCAACCCUGACCCAAACUGGAAGAAUUUCCAGAAGCCAAGCGGUUCCCGUAAUUCACUGGAUGAGAGCACUCUUGGGUUUGGAUAUCCCAAAUUUAUAUCUCAUGAGGACAUUAGAAAGCGGAACUAUGUACGUGAUAAUUCAUUAUUUCUCAAAGCAUCUGUAGAGAUCCCUCAGAAGAUCAUUGCUUAAUUAAGAAGUUUUGUUGGGAUAUAGAUUUCAGCCACAUUCUGAACUGGACAUUCCUCAUUCUUGCUAUUGUGUUCUGCACAGGAUAUCUUCACUGAAGAUACUACCUAGUCUACAAAGAGGAGAAAUGUUACACAACACGUAGUGGGAGCGCUUGAAGCAAUUUGAAUGACUGACCAAGUCAACUGUGAACUCGCGUGGAAGGAAGUACUUCUGGGCCAUCCUGGUGUAAUUUGGUGAUAUUUCAAAUGUAAUCUCCAUGUGCCAGGCAUUAUGGGUAGGCUACUCUGCACGCAAAAGACUAAAUAUUCCCAGCUGGCCUUAUGCAUGUAUGAAACACUUUCUAAAUAUCUUUAAAAAAAAAAAAAAAAUUGACUUUUUACGACGAGACUGUUUUACAUACCAUUAUCUGGUCUCUGUCUUUGUCCAAUGUUGCAUUUCAUUAACUUCUCCGGUGCAAAAGGAAUCUUCACAGCAAUAGGUUGCACUCCGUUCCAGCACUGAAUUUGCAUGGAUUAAUUCAGUAGUAAAAUACUGAGACCGGAAAAUCGAUUAUACGAAGGCCAAGAGAUCACAGGCAAGAUUGUCCAUCAGAGGAAAAGGCCAUUGACCAGGUGUUAAAGUAAAGCCAAAGUGUCCAGUCAGAAAAAGGACUAUACGAGGUGUGCCCCAAUCCCUAGCAGCAGGUCAGGGGUCGAGUCUACCUCAGGGGAAAUUACAUGGUGCUGGGGCGUUGUUCAACUACAUUAAUUUCAUGUUUUUUCUGGGAGAUUCAUAAAUAACUGUUAAAAACCAUGAGCUCUUUGGCUAAAAACAGAUUAGUCUUUUGACAUAACUACACAAAAUGGCCAAAGAACAAAACAAACUAAUGGAACGAUUAUGUGACAAAACUGAACAUCAUCCUUCAGUCGUCUCUUGAAACGGGCAACUAAAUUUAUAUUGUGUGCAGCAUUGUCUCAACAGUAGUUUUCUACACUUUUUUGCAGUUUAUAUACCUUUUUUAUUCCAUUUUUCUAAGUGACACAAUUUGAUGAUGAUGAUAAUAAUAAUGUUCCAGGCUUUGGGCUUUGAUUCAGUUGAUUUUCUUGUCUGGGUUUUUGUACCUGAUCAGUUGUAUCAUGAGAAUGUGUGUAUCAUUUGAGCAUCGUAGCCAUGUUGCAAUUUAGAAUGUCCGUGUACUAAGCUGGCUUGAUUAUAAGAGUUCAAGGAGGGGCUAUCUGAACCAUUCUAGAAACCAGCUUUCUCUUGGCAUAAUAUCAUGGGAGAUCUAGAGAGGCGCUUUUUUUUUUUUUUUUUUUUUUUUUUUUAUAGCCCAUUUAGCAUCAUUUGCUGAAAUCAACAAGAGGCCUUUGGAUCUGGGUCACGUUGUUGCAAGAUACUAUGCUCUUUUGCACUAACUAGAUCAAAAUGUGUUGCCUCAACUUAUAGAACUUUUGAUUCAGCACUUCUGAUUAUGCAUUUCUAAACUACGGGGACCAAUUAUCACAAGAAAAAAUAAAUAAACAACUAUUUUUCAUCCAAUUCAUAUUUCAUGCAUUCUGCAGUUUAUUACAUAUCUCUGAGGUCUACUUCCUGUUCAGCAUAAUGAAUAUGGAUAUACAACAUUGUUUAAAUGGGCCCUAAGGUGCUCCUCGUUACAUCAGAAGAGGAUGAGGGCAGUUAUUUUGGUUUAGUGGAAACUCUGGUUCUUCAUCAUCUGAAGGUGGAAUUGUAAGCCAACAAGCUGCCAACAAAGACUCUACUUUAAUAAUUGUCUAAUCCCAGGACUUCUGUAUGUUAUUAACUAUGGUGGUCCCAGAGGGCAGGCUUAAAAACCAAAACUAACUAUUUUGAUGAUGAUGUAAGUUUAGUUCUCUUUCUUGAAUGCUGUUUGUAUUUUGUUAGAGAUUCGCAGUUUACCAUGCCACCAAAACCAAUUUUGCCUCAUCCUGCAUGAUAACUUAAAAAUAAAUGUAACUUAACUAAACAGCAUUGCUUAACCUUUUUAAAUGGUUAUCUGAGAGCAUUCCAUGUUUUUACUGUGACUUUGCUGGUAUAGCUGCUUACCUAUUGACACUCUAAAUGAAAUUACGUUUCCCCUCUGAUAUAGGAGUGUCAAAACUCUGCCUACUUUUUCCCAAUUUCUUCCCCAGAAUAGGCAAAUCUCACUCUUGUCUCCGCCUUUGCUUCUUUCAUAGGUCAUACUAGGGCACUAAUUACCAGCCAUGAGUCUUUAAGGCACUGACUAUGAUGAUCGCAUUAUUGGUACUAAAGGGGUUUAAAUAGUCCUUUCUCAGAGAUGUUCUGUGUCAUAGGUGGCACAUUAUCAGGCAUAACAGGCGUGACAUAUCAUGGAGCAUUUAAAA